GUAGACUGAACAAAGAUCUGAGGCAUUAUCUCAACCAGAGGUUCCAGAAAGGAUCUCCAGACCACGAGCUGCAGCAGACCAUUAGAGAUAACCUUUAUCGCCAUGCUGUGCCUUGCACAACCCGCCCUCCAAGAGAAGGAGAAGUGCCUGGUGUGGACUAUAACUUCCUGACUGUGCAGGAGUUUCUGGAGCUUGAGCAGAGCGGGACCCUUCUUGAAGUGGGAACAUAUGAAGGUAACUAUUAUGGAACACCCAAGCCUCCCAGCCAACCCGUCGGUGGGGAAGUGAUUACCACUGAUGCUUUGCAAAACCUUCAGUCCGGCUCCAAGCAGUCGACUCCAAAACGAACCAAGUCUUACAAUGAUAUGCAAAAUGCUGGCAUAGUGCAUACAGAGAAUGAGGAUGAGGAUGAUGUUCCUGAAAUGAGCAGUAGCUUUACAGCAGACUCGGGCAACCCAGACGAGCACAAUACGCAGAGCGUAAGAGAGACAGCACCGCAACCUGUGAAUAAUAGCCUCACCACCGUUCCCACCACGGACCCAUCUCAGAACCUCCCCCAAUACCUACCUCCUGCAGAGGAUAACCUAGGUCCUCUACCUGAAAAUUGGGAGAUGGCCUAUACCGAGAAUGGAGAAGUCUAUUUUAUAGACCAUAAUACUAAAACAACAUCUUGGCUAGACCCACGGUGCCUGAACAAACAGCAGAAGCCUCUAGAAGAAUGUGAAGAUGAUGAAGGGGUACACACGGAGGAACUGGACAGUGAACUAGAACUGCCUGCUGGUUGGGAAAAGAUCGAAGAUCCCGUAUAUGGUGUCUACUAUGUAGACCACAUCAACAGGAAGACACAAUAUGAGAAUCCGGUUCUGGAAGCAAAAAGGAAGAAACAGCUUGAGCAGCAGCAACCAGCACCAGAAGAGUGGACAGAAGAACACCCAUCUCUCACACCCCCAGCUGCUCCAAACCACGCUGCAAACAACCAGGAGGCCGUUCGGGAAGCUCCAGUACAAGGAAAACCCUUUUUUACACGGAAUCCUUCUGAACUGAAAGGGAAGUUCAUCCACACUAAGCUCAGGAAAAGCAGCAGGGGUUUCGGCUUCACGGUGGUCGGAGGGGAUGAACCGGACGAAUUUCUCCAAAUCAAAAGUUUGGUGCUGGACGGUCCUGCGGCGCUGGAUGGCAAAAUGGAGACAGGAGACGUUAUAGUCAGCGUGAACGAUACCUGUGUGCUGGGACACACACACGCUCAAGUGGUUAAAAUCUUCCAGUCCAUUCCAAUCGGUGCCAGUGUGGACCUUGAACUGUGCCGCGGUUACCCUCUGCCCUUUGACCCCGACGACCCAAAUACCAGCCUGGUGACGUCUGUGGCGAUUUUGGAUAAAGAGCCCAUCAUUGUAAAUGGGCAGGAAAACUAUGAUUCUCCAGCAAGCCACAGUAGUAAAACAGGGAAAGUAAACGGCACAAAGGAGCCACGGCCAAGCAGUCCGACUGAGGUCUCUUCUAAUGGAUCCCAUAGUUACCCCAAUGAUACUGUCUCUUUGGCUUCUUCUAUAGCUACCCAACCUGAACUCAUAACCGUGCAUAUUGUGAAAGGGCCCAUGGGCUUUGGUUUUACUAUAGCAGACAGUCCUGGCGGUGGGGGCCAAAGAGUGAAACAAAUUGUGGACAGCCCACGGUGCCGGGGCCUAAAAGAAGGGGAUCUAAUAGUUGAAGUCAACAAGAAGAAUGUGCAGAGCCUCACUCACAACCAGGUGGUGGAUAUGCUGAUUGAAUGUCCUAAAGGGAGCGAAGUCACACUGCUGGUGCAGCGAGGAGGACUGCCAGUCCCAAAGAAGAGCCCAAAGUCGCAACCACUUGAAAGGAAAGACAGCCAAAACAGUUCUCAGCAUAGCGUCUCUAGCCACCGCAGCGGACACACCGCGUCCCCCAUUCACAGCGCUCAGGUGCUUCCCGACUACCCCGCCACCGAAGCACCGGCUGCGGAUCAACCGGACAACUCUGGGCAGAAAAAGCCAGAUCCAUUCAAAAUUUGGGCCCAGUCCAGGAGCAUGUAUGAAAGCCGACCUAUGUCACCUUCGCCUGCAACUGGACUGAGCAAGGGUGAGAGAGAGAGAGAAAUCAAUUCCACGAGUUUUGGAGAAUUUCCAGAUUAUCAAGAACAGGAUAUCUUUCUAUGGAGAAAGGAAACUGGCUUCGGAUUUAGGAUUUUAGGUGGAAAUGAGCCUGGAGAACCGAUUUACAUUGGUCACAUUGUACCAUUGGGUGCUGCCGAUGCCGACGGUCGCCUGCGAUCCGGAGAUGAGCUGAUCUGUGUCGAUGGGACUCCUGUGGUUGGAAAAUCGCACCAGCUCGUCGUCCAACUUAUGCAGCAGGCUGCCAAGCAAGGCCAUGUCAACCUCACUGUACGGCGCAAAGUCGUAUAUGCAGUUCCAAAGGCAGAGAACGAAGUCCCUUCUCCAGCCUCCUCGCAUCACAGCAGCAACCAGCCUGCUUCUCUGACAGAGGAAAAACGUACCCCGCAGGGAAGCCAAAACUCCUUAAACACCGUGAGCUCCGGCAGCGGCAGCACCAGCGGCAUCGGCAGCGGAGGGGGUGGCGGCAGCGGCGUGGUCAGCACGGUGGUGCAGCCGUACGACGUGGAAAUCCGGCGUGGAGAAAACGAAGGCUUUGGCUUUGUCAUCGUGUCUUCUGUGAGCAGGCCGGAGGCGGGGACGACCUUCGCAGGAAAUGCAUGUGUGGCCAUGCCUCACAAAAUAGGUCGGAUAAUUGAGGGGAGCCCUGCAGACCGCUGUGGCAAGCUGAAAGUAGGGGACCGGAUCCUGGCCGUUAAUGGAUGCUCCAUCACCAACAAGUCGCAUUCGGACAUUGUCAACUUGAUUAAAGAAGCAGGAAACACGGUCACUCUGCGCAUCAUUCCAGGCGAUGAAUCCUCCAAUGCGACAUUAUUGACCAAUGCAGAAAAAAUUGCUACCAUUACAACCACGCAUACUCCGCAGCAAAUACCACAGGAGAACAGGAACAACACAAAACCAAAGCAGGAGUCCCAGUUUGAUUUCAAACCACCCCAAGCAGCACAGAUGACAAACACUUCAACUGCAGAGGUGCAAUCACGACUGAAAACAACGGCAGCUAAUAUUGACCAAGAUUUUUAUACCGUUGAGUUGGAAAGAGGAGCCAAAGGGUUUGGCUUUAGCCUGAGAGGCGGUCGAGAGUAUAAUAUGGAUCUCUAUGUAUUGCGGUUAGCUGAGGAUGGUCCAGCGGAGAGAUGUGGGAAGAUGAGGAUUGGCGAUGAAAUUUUAGAGAUCAACGGGGAGACCACCAAGAACAUGAAGCAUGCUCGGGCCAUAGAACUGAUUAAAAAUGGUGGCCGUAGGGUCCGCCUCUUUCUGAAACGCGGAGAUGGCUCAGUACCAGAAUAUGACCCCAGCAGUGACAGGAACAGUCCAGCCACAGGUUCACAAAAUGUAUCGGAAGUGAAAACCGUGCCAUCUGACCGACGCCAACACCCAUCAUUGGAGUCCAGUUAUCCACCAGAUCUUCACAAAUCAUCACAACAUGGGGACAAGCGGACUUAUGUUAAAGACCCAAAAGGCAGCAGAGAGUUUAGCAGACAAUCCAAUGAGCACCACACUUGGAACGGAACUUCUAAAAACAGCGCUAGCGCCGCAGGCAGGAAAAAGGACCGGUCACCGGAAAGGAGGCAAGACCGACAACCAGAAAAAAUGGUGGUAAAUGGACAAAAGAGGAGGUCUCCCGAAAAGAGGAGGGAAGGGACGAGGAGUGCUGACAAUACCUUGGAGAGAAGGGAGCGGCACGAGAGAAGGAGAGACCUUUCUCCCGAGAGGCGCAGAGAACGGUCGCCGACUCGCAGAAGGGACGGGUCACCUAGCCGGCGGAGGCGGUCACUCGAAAGACUCACGGAUCCAAGGAAAUCACCGGAGCGGAAAAGAGAAAGCUCGCCCGAACGAAGGGCUAAGUCGUCCGACAGGAGGAGGGAGAGGUCGCCUGACAAAAGGACCAGGGGUGAACGAGUCGGCAACCGAGAGAGGGAAGAGCACAGUUCGAAAUACGAUACUACCAAAAGACACCCCCCUGAGCAGAGGAGGAGACCGUAUAAAGAGUGCAGCACUGAUCUCAGCAUCUGAGGCAUCGUCCGAUGCACUGAGCCACAUUCCAGCCUUUUCCAACACUGAAGUUUCUAAGAAGAGAGCAGCAAAGCCGAAAGUAUCCUCGUUUUCUUACGCAACAAAAAAUCUGACACCUGCUGGUCCUACGAAUAGCAACAAACGUUUUAUGCAGAUGAAACCUUAUAACAGAAAUAUAUACAAAAGUGUUGUGCCUGAUGUAUAAUAUUAAAGAAAGUAUUUUUCAGUGUA